GGAAUAGAAAGAGGAGGAUGGGGAAGAGGAAGAGGAGGAGGACAACAAGGAGAAGAAAGGGAACGAAGAAGGAUAAUCCAAAUCUCCAGUGAGUUUCGUGCCACUGUAUUGAACCAUGUGCUGAACCAUGGGUUGACCAUGAGGAAUGCUGGUCAGAGAGUCCAGCCAAACCUCAGCCGUUUCACAGUGUCGACCAUGUUUAGUCUCAAAAUGUGUGUGAUGUCUACUGUUUGUCUAUGAGAGAAGUGGGCAUCGUAAUAGAUUCAGUGUGUUUCAUUUCUCUAAUUGUGUUUUCAAUUUUGCUCUUCAGUGUUCUUUCCAUGCUUGGUAGUGUUCAGCCGAAUGAAUGGUAUGCGUGUGUCAUGUGAAAACAUGGCUGUGUUUACCAAAUGAAAACACGUGUUCCAUUUUGUGAACAUGUUAUGAGAUUUGAUGGCAGAGUUGUUUUGCAAAGGGUGUCGGUCUGUGCUGAGUCUAACUCUGUGUUGUGCUGAGUCUUUUCUGUGUGCAGGUGGGUGUGCCUGGAGAGCAGCUGCUGCCUAUCUGCUCAUCAGUGGUCAGGAGAUUUAAGGAGCUUCGGGAAAACUCAUCAGUGCCGGAUGAUACUCAACAUUGGGAACUUCUCCUCCAUCAACCAAACCUCCAUCAUCUGGAAAAUGGACCCACCGGAUUCCAACCCAACCUGCCAGCCCCGUCGCUCGCCCCUAACCGCCUGCUCUCCAACCCCCACCUGCCAACCUGGACAACCCGAACUCUGGUGCUCAGCUCCCAGCCAUACUUCGGACUCUCACUCGACCAGCUCAGCCAACCGUGACUUGAUAGAAAACGACGACAUGUUUCUAAAUAUUGAUAUGGUCAACCUAUCAACACUGGAACGUGUGCAGAUAUCACCUCAGGAUGAAGCAGGUCUACAGGGUGCCAUUAGAUCGCAACUCAGAAAGAGUCAAAGAAUUGCGAUAUAACUGGGUGCAACAAAGAGUACUUGAGCUAGAGACAGCUGAAGUGGAGCACCAGCUCAUCUUCAUUGAUGAGGUUGGGUUCAAUCUCACAAAAAGACGAAAGAGGGGAAGGAAUAUCAUUGGCCAGCGUGCCAUUGUUGAAGUCCCUGGCCAGCAUGGAGAGAACAUCACAAUGUGUGCAGCGCUUGGCUACCAUGGCAUCGUCCAUCACCAUGCUGCCCUUGACCCCUACAACUCCGCCCAUCUGAUCACAUUCCUGGACACCCUACACAACACACUCAUUCCACCAGACCAGGUCGAUGGCCCAGAACAUCCCAGGUACGUUGUCAUUUGGGACAACGUAAGUUUCCACCGGGCUGCGGUGGUUCAUAACUGGUUCACUGGCCACCCACGCUUUUUAGUUGUUUAUCUCCCUCCAUAUUCUCCAUUCCUCAAUCCCAUUGAGGAAUUUUUUUCUGCAUGGAGACGGAAGGUGUAUGACCGACAGCCACAAACCCGGGUACCUCUUCUCCAAGUUAUGGAGGACGCAUGUGGAGAUAUAGCAGCUGAUUCUUUUCAUGGCUGGAAUCGCCAUGCUAGGAGAUGUUUCCCCCGCUGCUUGGCCAGGGACAACAUUGCUUGUGAUGUGGAUGAGGCGCUGUGGCCAGACCACAACAGGAGGGAGGAUGCAGCAUAGUUUUCUUUUUUACUGUAACUGUAUACAGUAAAUUCUUCUGUUGGAUGUAGUUUAUGUGUGCAACUUUGUGUUGGUUGGUAAUGGGAUAAGCAUUGUGUACAAUGUUUUGUGGGAAAAUAAAUCAUUUCUACCAUGUGUUUGUGUGUUCAGAGUGUAAAAACACUAUUCUGAAAUAACACGUGCAUGUAUAUACUGUCUGUAGUAGGUGUGACACUGACCCAAAAAGGCUUUAGUCAUUAUGAUGAAUGGAGAAGACGUGUUUUCCAUUCAUCAUAGUGUUUCACAUUGAGCACACAAGUGUUCUGCUGGUUCUUAUAAAUGUCUGUUCAUGUGAUGGUUUGUGUGUCGUUUGACAACAAAAUCACAUUUUGAGGAGAAAUAUCAUUUUGAAUGUGAAGUUUCAUUUUGCAGGUUAUUUGAGGGGUUUUGCCCAUUGUGUGUGUAUUUUUGGAUUUGUGUGUAGAGUUCUGAGAAUAUGAGGCAUGCUUUCAGGAAAUGUGUGUAAACAAUUGAGAAAAACUGUAAUACGAAGCUGUUAUCUAAUCUCUGCAAUAAAAGUUCCAAUCUUCUGGUUAAACAACAUA